AUGCGGGGCAGGAGCAGAGGCGGCUCUCGGUGGCCUUGCUGGCUCUCGGUGGCCUUUUCUGGCUCUCGGUGGCCUUGCUGGGUCACGGUGCUCUUUUCUGACCCUCUGUGCUCCUUUCUGGCUCUUCAGGAAGCGCAGCCGGGCGAUGGGAGAAGCGCAGGAUGCGGGGCAGGAGCAGAGCAAACACCGCCAGCUUUUCGUGAGGCAGCCACGGCCAGCAGCUCGCAAAAGGCGGAUAAGGAUAGAAAUAAAAUCAAAAAGAUGGAGAAGGAAGCUUCAGAAAAUCCUCGCUUGUCUGACAAAACAGAUUUGGCUCCAUCUGAGGACUCACAGUCCCUUUCCAAGACUGAACCACUGGAAAAGGUUUUAAAUGAGACGAGUGAAGAAAUUAUUAACUUGUUAUCAAAAUAUGCUCACCUUGUAAGUGCAAGAGCAGCGUUGGAUUCUUCUCAUGUCCGGGAACUUGAUGAGAUCCUAAAAGAAGCCAGGGCCAUAGAAAACCACUUAAAGCAGAAAAGGGAGAUGCUGAAACAGAAGUUCACUUUCCUUGCCAAUACUCUGCAAAAAUAAAUGCACUUUGUUAGAGAAAUGCAGAGCCAAGGUUGUGUUUGUAUGAAAACAAACUGUGAGGAGUGUU